AGUUCGGCCCAAGCGGUUCCUCACGGGGGCGACGCCGGGGCUGGUCCAGGCGCUCGGCAAAGUGGCGACUCCCAAAAGGAGCGCUCCGCUGCCGGCCGAGGCAUGGGCUGCUCCCUAGGUGGUGGAGGCAGAGUCCAUCCCGGCAAGGACAGCACCUACGCCAACGUCGUGCCCGGAAGCGAAGGAGCGCAUGGGCAGCGAAGGAACAGCGAAGUUGAGAGUGAGCUGGGCGGACCUUCCGCAGGCCAAGGCCUCAGGAAGGACAAGAAGCUGCAGCGGGUCAUUCGCGGCGGAAAGGAGUCGACGACGCCCAAGUCCGCAAAGGGUCCAGCGGGCAAUGUCAGCGCAGAAAAUCGGCGCUUCAUCCUGAAAGUGCUGCAGAAGCACUUUGUCUUCGGGAACUUAGACGACGAGGAGCAGGAGAUGGUGAUUGACCACUUCGAAAUGCAGAAGGCGAACCCGGACGAGAUCAUUUUCGCGCAGGACGAGGUGGGCGACUGCUGGUACAUCAUCCAGAACGGGAUCUUCGAGGUGGUGGUGGGGGACACCGCGGUGAGGCACCUCCGCGCCAAGAACAGCUUCGGGGAGCUGGCGAUGCUCUACAGCGUGCCUCGAACAGCCACGGUGACCUGCAAGGAGAAGGGGGUGCUUUGGAAGAUGCACGCGGACCAAUUUAGGGUCUGCAUGCAGCACCUGAGCUCCAAGAGUAUGAAGCGAGCGCUCGAGUUCUUCGAGUCGGACGCCACUUUCCGGCACAUGUCCAAGGAGGAGAAGAGCAUCCUGUCAACCGCUUGCUCGGUGCAGAACUUCGCUUCCGGGGAGACCAUCCUGCGGGAGGGUGAGGUCGGGGAGUGGAUGUUCAUCGUGAUCGAUGGCACCGUGAAGAUUGUGGACCAGUUCGGGAACUCGGAGAUGAAGAAGUGCGGCGCACUUCUGGGCAGCUCUGGAGUGAUGUACUCAAGCUUGCACUGUAGCGGUGCAAGCGCUGUGGACAAAGUGACCUGCCUGGCCUUGGGCCGCAAGAGUCUGGAGAGUUUGCUGGGCCCCGGGGGCUCCAUCCUCCGAAGGAGCGCCAUUAAGGCGCUGCUCAUGGACAACGUGGAGAGCGUGGACUAUUUCAAGCAGCUCACGGAGCCCGAGCUCCACGAAGUCGUGGACCGAUUCGAGGAGUCCUCCUUCAACAGCGGCGCCCCGAUCGUGUCGGCCGGCGCGCCUGCUCAGCUGCUCGUGGUGGUUGCGGGUCAGGUGGCGGUUAUGAGCCCGGACGAGAGCGGCAACGAUCCCUCCAAGGCAGUGCAGAUCCUGAAGCCCGGGCAGCUGCAUGGGGCGCUGGCGUUGCUGAACAACACGCCCAUGGAGUACAGGCUCGUGGCCAUCGAGAACUCGCAGCUGCACCGCAUCUCCCACAGCAUGGUCUCCCAAGUCCUGGGCGGUGAUUUGGGCGAGGUUGUGAAGAUGAAUGCCAUCAAGCGCGUGCUCGGCGACAUCUUCCUCUUCAAGAACCUGCAGAAUGACCAGAUGGAACGCGUGGUGCGGAGCUUCGAGAAGUGCGAAUACGAAAGCGGACAAGUGGUGGUGGAGCAGGGCGAAGAGGCCAACCACUUCUACCUGAUCCAAGAUGGUGCCAUCGGGGUGUUUAGAGACGGCCAGCGACUCCGCAGUCUUCUGAAAUGGGACUACUUCGGAGAGAGAGGGCUACUGCUGGCGGAGAGUCGCUCGGCCACCUGCCAAGCAGAGGGGCCCUCGACCUUGCUCCGCCUGGAGAAGGCGGUUUUUGGUGACAUCGUCGGCAUCUUCAGGAAAGAGCUCGAGCAUCGUAUGAUGCUCCAGGACCUGAAAAUUGAGAUGUCCGACCUGUACGUUAAAGCGGUGGUUGGGCGAGGCUCCUUUGGACUAGUGAAACUUGUUUACCACAAGCGUGACAAGCACAAGUAUUAUGCCCUGAAGUGCAUCGGCAAGAAGCAGGUGGUUCAGCAGAAGCAGGAGAAGUCAAUGCUCCUGGAGCGGGAGAUUAACUCGGAAUGCUACCACCCCUGCAUCAUGCACUUCAUCACUACCUUCCAGGAUGCCAAGAACGUCUACUUCUUGACCGAGUUCCUUGGAGGUGGCGACUUGUUCACGGCCAUACGGGAGAUUGGCAACCUCAGCAAGCGGCAAUCCCAGUUCUUCGGGGGCUGCAUCACCCUGGCUCUGGAGUACCUCCACGGGCGGUCUAUCAUGUACCGAGACCUGAAGCCGGAGAACGUGGUGCUGGACUUCCGGGGCAAUGCCAAGCUGGUGGACUUCGGGUGCUGCAAGAAGUGUCUGCAAUCCAACACUCUCGUCGGGACGCCGGAGUACUUCGCCCCGGAGAGCAUUAUCGGCAAAGGCUACACCUGCGCCGUGGAUUGGUGGGCGCUCGGGGUGAUGAUGCACGAGUUCAUCGUGGGCCCUCUCCCCUUCGGCAGAGACUCGGAUGACCAGCUGCAAUUGCUGAAGGAGAUCAUGGAGGCACCUUUGGCCUUUCCCAGCUACAUCACCGACAAGUCGGCCAUCAGCAUCAUCUCCCAGCUCUUGGAACGCACGCCGGAGCUGCGACUGGGCGCGUCCUCCCGGGCUGCAAAGGACAUCCAGGAGCAUGCCUACUUCUCUGGCUUCAGCUGGAACGCCCUGGCUGGCCAGUCCAUCCAGGCCCCGUGGCUGCCGGACCGCCGGAAGAUCCAGGAGUCGUGGGAGAUCCCGGCGGACGCGGGGAAACCGGUGUGCCCGGAGCAGGGCAACAGCGGCUUCGCCCACGACGCCUCCAUGGAGUGGGCAAAAGGGUUCUGAGUCGGAUUGAAUCGAGUCCUUUGGAUUCUCAAGUGAACGUCUCACCGCCUCGCCCGCACAGAUUUUAUGUCGAAAGACAGGCUUUUUCCACCCCUCCGUUUUUUCGCGCCGAGCGCCCACGCGCCCAGGCGCGAUCUCCGAUGCUCUUCCAAGGAGAGAGUUUCACCGGGCCGAAACGCACCUCGGAUCUGCCGAAAUCGGUUUUGUUCGCGCGCCCUGUGGCGUGGGUUCUUUCUUGU